GUUAUAUUGUGCUACGGUUGAAUCACCAUAGGAUAGGAUAAAGUGUGGCACUGUCAACCUACCGAGUAUCUCCGCUCGGCAAUUCGAGGCAUCCUCGCGGAGAUUCACGUCAUGCAGGACGCCUAACCACAUCCUCUCGCAUACAGCCUGCUGCAGGUCUAUUCACAACUUAACAGCAAAAAUGUAUAUCUCAAUUGGAACUUUCUCCCUGGCCAUCCGCGCUACAGGAGUUUUCCGUCCCUUUCCCUCUUUUUCAUGCUGUGGUUCAUUCAGAAAACGUCAUGGCGGAUAAAUCUUCCAGCACCAUCUCUCAGCAGUCAUCCGGGAAGGAGGCAGCCGCCCUGAAGAGAGCUCCAGAGACUCCUCGGUCUCGGGAUCACAUUGCUGAUUGGAAAUGGAAAGGCAGUCUCGCGGCUGUCAUGCUAACAACGGUUAUCAAUGGAUAUGAUGUGAGCAACGUGGCCAACAUCCAGCCACGUCUGUACGAGGCCUUCGGUGACAUUGAACUCCUUCCAUGGAUCGGCCUGUCUUUCAGCUUGGCCGUCUUUGCCUUCCUAUCCUUUUCUCGGAAGAUUCUAUACUGUUUCGACAUGCAAUGGAUCUAUAUCAUCAGUAUUAUCGUUUUCAUGGCCGGGGCAGCCGUGGCGGGAGCGGCCCAUAAUCUAGCCACUGUUAUUGUUGGGCGGACAAUCAUGGGUGUGGGCGGUUCUGUCAUUUAUCAAAGCAAUUUGACUUUUGUCGCUGUAUUCGCCACUCCAGCAGAGACACCACGUCUCUUCGGACUCUUGGGUGCAUUAUGGGCCGUAGGCCUUGUCAUCGGCGGCCCGAUCGGGUCAGCUCUCGCCUCCAACAGUCACACAACCUGGCGAUGGGCCUUCUACAUGAACCUUCCAUGGGCUGGCCUCGUCCUUGUCAUGGCUUUCAUCUGCAUGCCUAGCAAAUACCUAGGGCCGGACAUCCCGGUAUGGUCCCGCAUCGCACGAAUCGAUCCUAUUGGCAUUACGAUGAACAUCGCCGUGCCGGCUCUAUUCUGCAUCGCAUUGGAGUUUUCCGGACCUGUCUGGGACUGGGGCUCUGGUUCAUCCAUCGCGGUGUGGGUAGUCUUCGGUGUGUUGCUUGUCGCCUGGAUCGUCCAACAAUGUUGGUGCAUCGGAACAACUCCCAACGAACGUGCGAUUCCCGUCCACCUGUUCCGUCGCCUCGAUCUAGUGCCGCUGUGGAUUGCAUCCGGAUGCGCGGGCGCAUCAUACGCUGGCACGUUGUACUACACCCCUCUAUUCUUCGCCUUCGCUCGCGGCCACAGCCCUUUACAACAGACCGUCCGACUUCUUCCAUUCGUUAUCGUCUUCAUAGCAGUUGUCCUGUUAGUCGGCGGGCUCCUACCCCUGUUCGGCCGCUACAACAUAAUCUACAUCAUCGCAGGCAUGGCCACCGUGGCGGGAGCAGGCGCCAUGGCCGCAACACUCAGUCCUACUGUCCCAGAGUCCCAGGUGUUAGGCCUAGAAGCUCUGAUUGGAGUGGGACUAGGCUGCUCAUACCAGCAUGGUGUUGGCAUCUCAAAUGUGAUCAACAAAGAUCCACGUGAUAAGGUUGACAGUGUUGUCAUGUUCAAUUUAGCGCAGAUGGGCGGUAUUACUGUUAUUCUUUCGAUAGCAGGCUCGAUCUUUCAGAAUGUGGGGUUCCAUUUGCUGAAGGAUGCGAUUGGGGGUAAUGGGUUCUCCGAAGAGGAUCUACGACAGGCGCUGGCCGGUGUGUCGUCUGUUGUGUGGGAAUCUGAGGAUCCGGAUGUGCUUGCUCGUGGGGUUGAGGCCGUUGCUGACGUUCUUGCUCGAGAGUACUAUUUGGUUGUUGCUGGUGGGGCACUUUGUUUAGUGUGUGGGCUGGUGAUGAGGUGGGAGAAGUUGGAAUAUGGGAGAGGGAAGGCGUCUGAGGCUUGAGGAUGGAACAAUGGGGCAUGUACUGGAAGUGCGCCGUGUGUUGCAGGUCUGGGUGGGCUGGUUCUGUAUAGCAUUAAUGGUUACUUAUAGUAUAUAACCCUCGCUACUACUCGUUCC